UUCAGCGCAUGCGCGCUCAAUUCAGAGGAGGAAUAAAUGCGUCAACUUUAGUUUUUAGGAGUGAACUCUUCAUGUGUUACGUGUUUACAGGGCAUGAGUGAGGAUGAAUGAAGAUGCGUUCGAGGUCCCGGAGAGGACCGAGUACCGCUACCUGGUGCAGGAGGAGGAUGAGGAGGAGGUGCAGUAUGUGCGCCACCGACACUACAUCAGCCCGCUGCUGGUGUUGUCCCGCCGCUGCAUCGUGCUCAUCUGCCUCGCCGUGCUCGCCCUGCUCGCGCUCGCCACCUACCUCGGGUACGUGGCACAGACGCUGCCGCCCGGCGUCGCCACGGUGACCACAGACUGCGGAGAGUUCAGAGGGAGACACAAAAAUGGCGCCUUCUCCUUUAAGGGCAUGCCGUACGCUGCCCCCCCGGUCGGUGACCUGCGCUGGGCGCCCCCGGCCCCCGCGGCGUGCAGGAGCUCGGUGACGGACGCGGGCCGUUUCCGCAGCGUGUGCCCUCAGUUGCGUCCCAUGACGAGCUCGGGGAAGCUGCUGGGCCAGGAGGACUGCCUCUUCAUCAACGUGUGGACACCCUCGCUGCGGCCGGCUGCCGCACUGCCCGUCAUGGUCUGGAUCCACGGGGGAUUCCUGCACAUGCUCAGUGGAGGUGAGCCCAACUACUCGCCCACGGAGGAGCUUGCCCGCGACACGGAGAUCGUCUACGUCAGCUUCAACUACAGACUGAACGCCUUCGGCUUCAUGGCGCUGCAGAUCCUGAGAGAUUCUCCAAAGAACACCUCAGGGAACUACGGCUUCAUGGACCAGAUCGCAGCUCUGAAGUGGGUCCAGAGGAACAUCCACGUGUUUGGAGGAGAUCCUGGGAAAGUCACCAUAUUUGGCCAUAGCUCAGGUGGGACCUCUGUGUGGGCGAUGAUGACGUCUCCGCUGGCGAAGGGUCUGUUCCGUGCGGCGGUGGACAUGAGCGGCUCGUACGUCCUCAACGCCACACUGGAGCAAGCCGAGUUUGACAACCUGCUGUUCCUGAACCGGACCGGCUGCAGAGACCAGAACUGCCUCAGACGUCUGUCCAUCAGACAGGUCCUCAAGGCCAUCCCAUGGCAGGAGUACCCGUCCUGGGCAGCAGACGAGUUGACGGACCUCCCCGUCAGAGGACACUUCAUCGGCCCCGUCGCCGUGGUGGACGGAUACGUGCUGGAAGCUCCGCCCUUCGAGGUGUGGGAGAAGAAAGGAGAGCACAGCGACGUUCCCUUCGUUAUCGGGACGACGGAGCAGGAGGCCGACUUCAGCCCGGCGGCUGCUAACAUUUCCACUUGGACCUGGGGUGACUACGAGUGGUUUGUAACAGAAAACCUUCGGACCUUCAGAGAGAGUCUCCCUAAAGAAGCGUUGAAGCUGUACCCGAAGUCGGCCCUGUGUCCCACCAGAGACCGCUGCCCGGAGAGAGCCUACACCACCAUGGUGUCCGACCUCAGGACCACCUGCCCCUGCAACGACCUCGCCUCCAGAGCUGCAGCGGCCCUCGACAGUCCUGUGUAUCGAUACCUGGUGACUCAUACGCCGUCAGGACCCGUCAACGUGUCCAGCGACCUCCUGACCUUCCCCAGCCGCUUCUCCUUCCACUGCCUGGACAUCAUGACCUUCUUCGGCGCGCUGGAGUCCGUCCUGGGGAAACGUCUCUCUGACGAGGACAAGAGCUUCCAGCAGCUCAUCACACGCCACCUCGUCCACUUCGCCAAGACAGGUAGAAUGGAGGCAGAGUGGCCAGAAUACCCAGCAGCCACUGCUCUGCUGUCCCACAAGCUGACGUCGUCUCAGAACCACUCGGUGGCUCAAUGUCGGCUGUGGGAGGAGAACGGGAUGUUUGCGUAUGCCUGGACCAACUGACAUUCAGAUAUCCAUCACCAGACUUUAUUAGAGUCACUUCUCCGUUACAGCGAGGUGAGCUCCUGCAGCCAGACCUCCACCCAGAGAGGGAAAACACACAUGUUGUUGGAUUGAAAGUUGCCUUUAAGUUCUCUGUAGCUUCAUUUUAUUAUUGUGAAGUAUUGAUAAGAGCCAUAUCUGUGUUUAAAUGUCUCCAGAACUCUGUGGACUUCAAGGAUUAGUUCACCAAAACGACAAAAAACACAACUUCUUAUUUCAGAUAACUGUUUUCACAACAAUAAAGAGAAAGUUGAUGUAAAUUCUACAAAAAAAUUUAAUUACUGGAAAAUCAGAAAUGUCCUGGCUUUUCUUCCACAGACCUCACAGUGGACAGCUUUCAUUAGAACUGAGUAUCUGUUUGUCCACAUGCCUCCAGAGGUAAAUGAGAGUUUUUGUUUAAAUUUGGGUGAACUGAGCCUUUAGAGAGCUGGAGGUCAGACUGCACAGAGCUGAAGAGUCUGUGAGGAGUGAAGGUGACUGACAGCGAGCUGAACAAUCAGAAUCUUUGAGGGAAAAAGAAACACAGAUAUAUUUUUGUGUCAGUUCAGUGUGAAGUGACCAUAUAGUGUCCAUAUAAUGCAUCACAUUACUGUCUUUGAGAGAAAAUGUGGUUAAAGUCAAUAUGACCACUGAACACAGAGAGAAGUCAGAUUAAUUGAAGUGUGGUUGUUUGAGGUAUUUAGGUUGUGUAUUAUCUGCAGCAGAUGAUGGUCAGGAGUUUGCAGAAGCAGCAGGGUCCACACACUUUCUUAACUUUCUUAACACUUUUAAGGAAUUUUGCAGGCCCAAUUCACUCAAAUUCAAGGAGCAAACACAGAUCCAGCUUUUUUUUUUUUUUACUGUCACACCACGUUUUAUUCUUGCAAAAUAAUAUAUAAAUUAAAUAAAAAUGAUCUAUGUCUAUUUAUGCCAAUUUUCAAAAACUAACUAUCAAGGCCUUGAUUUUACUGCUGUGGACAGGGGCAGCAGCUAAACAUAUUUUAGCCACCUAAAAGAGUUUAAGUUUAUGCUUUAUUCAGAAUAUUUUCAUUGCUUUACCUUUCUGACGGGAACUGAAGCUGUUUAACCAGACUCCAUUGACAAAAAAAGUAUUUUUAGCUUGCAGGACACAGGAGUUGCUGGUCUAUUCCUGCCUUGACUGGUUAGUUUGUUUGUGUUAUUUUGUGACGUUGGUGAUUUAAAUGGUUAGUUUUUAUACACCAAAGUCAAAGAAAAACACAAACAAAAUAAUUAAUAAAGGCAGCAAUAGACCAGCAACUCCGGUGUCCUGCAAGCUAAAAUUACUGUUUUUCUCAAAGGAGUCUGGUGGUUUUGAAAAGAGCAAAGAUAACAGUGUAAACUUGCAGUCUGACAGCAAGGUAAAGCAGUGAAAAUAUUGCAAAUAUAGAGUUCACUUAAACUGAUAUUGAUUUUUGUGUGUCCACAGCAGCAGUCUCCUGCCUCUACAAACUGUAGACCUCCAUCUACUGAACCUUGUAUAACCACGCUACAAACGUAUAGUUGGUAUAAAUUCAGGGAUAUGAUUGAGAUGAAAAGGGAAUGUUAGAACUGAAAGACUGCUUUUUUAACCUGUGAACGUGUCGUUUGUGUUGUUGAAGUCCUGCUGUUUGCACUGAUUCAUCACGCUUGGCCACUAAGUCUUUGCACUAUGCUGUGAAAUUGUUUUAUUACAUGAAUAUUUCGUUGCGCUCAUGAUCGAGUUGAUCUGUUGAUUUCAGCAUUUUGUUCCAGAUGUUUAUGACGUGAAUCAGAUUAGCUAACAGUGAGUUUAAAUUCACACAUUUUCACAUUUUAAAUCACUUUCAUACUGUGUGGUUGUUUUUAAUCGCUCUGUAUUAUUAUUUUUUUAUGGUUUGUAAACAGUAAUUGUUAAUAUGCUUGCAGCAUCGUGCUUUGCUGUGUGUUGUUGCAGUGAUAUUAUCUCAUAUGCUCAAUAAAUUCACAAUGCACAACAAUAAUAAUCU